UUGGCAUGAAUCACCAUUUUGCACCCUUGGAUGAUAAUGAAUCAACGACUGAGAUAAAUUGUUCAUUAAUUUUUUAAAAAUUAUUUUCCGAGAAUUGAGCAGAUCUCGUGUUUGAGAGAGAGAGAGAGAGAGAGAGUAAGCGAUGCAUAUCAACUCCUUCUCGAAAGUAAAGAUCUCGUCUUCUCUAUGAUGAUUAUGGUCGACUCCUUAUCGAAAAUUUUCUUCUUUCUCUCAUCACUGAAACUGAACCAGAGCGCGAGGCUCACGCAGAGGCUUGAGCAUCGUCCGUUCGUCGUCCGGUGUGAAGCUUCUUCCAACGGAAGGGAAGAAGCCGGAUACGAAGAAGAUGUGCUGGUGUAGAUGAGCCGAGCAAGAAGAAGAAAAAGAGAAAGAGGGAAAAAACAGAGACGUAAGGAGGGAAGACAAAGAAGAUGGAAGAGGAAGGCGACAACAAAGUGGCGUAGAUUAGGUUUAGUAUUGGUUGGUUUAUUAGGUUUGGUUUAGACAUGGUUAGUUUAAUAAACCAGGGUUGUGUGUAAACCAAUGUUAUGAAAUGAACUGAUUAUUAAUUGUAAACCAAUUAUUGUAUACUGAUCUUAAUAAAUAAAUAAAAUUUAAUUUAUAAUUAUGAAUUAAUUUUCGAUUUAAUUUUGAAUUAUUUAAUUACGAAUUAUGUUUAGGUGUAGUCUUUUAUUUUUUAUUUUAAUUUGGUUUUGUUUGAUAAUUAUUUUUAAAUAAUUUUUGGAUAAUUAAAAACAAAUUAAUAACACGAAACAUUUGCUAUUGUUGUUUAUUAAACUAUAGCAUUCGAAAAAUCCGUUAUUAAAAGUGUCGGCUUUAUUAUAACGGACGUUGUCAGAACGGAUAAAAAAGCGCUAUUAUUCAUGACUCAUAGCGUUUUUCGUCUGCUAUUACUAUCCUUAUUUCCUGUAGUGAUUAUAGCAAUCAAUCAAUGAUACCCGCUACAUGAUUUUUUUUUUUUGAAAGAAUGUUAAAUUAAUUCAAACAAAAAAAACAGUUUUACACUUUUUGUCGCUUAGAGCAGAAGUUUUUUAUAAUGCAAAAGCUAAAUCUGUAAAUCUAUAACUAUCUCGUGGCACUCCACGGUGCAAGUUCUCCUGCAUAAGCUGUGUGCUCACGUAUGGAAGAAAGCCUGUUACGGACGUUUUUGUCCACCGUCUGGAUCAGCUGAGACGUUGUCUUUGGUGGUUCUCCAUGCUUCCUUUGAUUGCGUUCCCACCAAAUUGAAUAAAGUGUAGUUUGGAAGACAUAUCUCACGACAAACAUAUCAAUCCUGUCUCUGUUCAUAUCAAGGAGAAGUUCUUGAAGAUGAUUCCACUGGUUCGUGUAGCGAGUGGACAACAGUUUCAGGGGCGGACGUAGAGCAUGAGCUACGGGGGCACGUGCCCCCAUCUACUUUUGAAAUUUUCUUAACAAUAAGCCUGAUAUUUGUAUAAGUGCCCCCAAUCCAAAAAUAUGUAUAGUGUAAAAUUAUGUGUGUGCCCCUGAACAGUUUCUGUGUCAGCCCCUUCCAAACCGCUUCAGACAACUGACAGGUGAAAAAGAGAUGAUCCCGUGUUUCCAAAGGAUCCGGACAAAGCAGACAUGAGCUUGUGUUACUGGUGUUCCACUGCAGAAUCCUGUCCCCUGUUGCGAGCCUGUUGAGGGUAGCCAGCCAGGACAUGAAAGCGUAUUUAGGCGUAUUGAAUUGGAACCAGAUUCCAUGACUCCAGUUGACUUGCAUAUGAACCUCUCUCGUUAGUUUCCAUGUUUCUUUAGAACUGAAUUUAGGUUUGUACUUAUCGUCUCCUCUUCUCCACAACUUAACAUCAGUUCUAUUGGACAGACCUUUUUCUUUAAGACUCAGAAUAUGAUUCUCGAUUGUGUUGAGUGUGUCCACUCGAUGACGCCUCUGUCGAUGUGAUCUCACCACACUCUCGACAGUAGCCUCCAAGCGGACUCCAAGAUCAAUGCAACCCCUGCUUCCUGUAAUAUCAUAUAGCCUUCCCGAUGGCGUCCGUAUAUCAAACCAAAAAGAAGUGGUUUCCCCGUUCUGUAUCUCUGAUUUAGUAAAACCUUUUGCAAUGUCUCGAUAUUUCAGAAGUUUCUUCCAUAUCCAAGAGCCAAGGGAGCUCUUCAAUCCCUAAUUACUUCCUUCUCAACUACUCUGAGUAUAAAUAUACGGGCUGAGAAGGGAGAGAUGAAUGCACAUCAAUGGAGGAAAGCUCAAGAAUCUUUUGUCAGUCUUUAGGUAUGAUUUCCACAUAAAAACCAGUUCUUUUUAUCUCAGCUUUGUUAUCGUCUAUAAUCUGUUUCAAGUCACUUAUCACACUUCAGUAUCUUAAACAGAGGAUGCAUAUAUAUGCCUAUGAGAACCUACGCUCACAGUUUUUUUCCUCUGUAUCAUCCUCUCUUGAUGUUUUUGAUGCUGCAAACACGAGCCUUCUUACUUCCAUUGAUAGUGAGUUAACUAAUUCCUUUGAAUUUACAGAUUCAGAUCAAAUAUUAUUUGUUGUUUUGUUGAAAAUUUAGCUUUUUACUGUCAGCUUCGUUGGAACUUGAUAAUGAUGCAUGUGCUAAGAUCAACUUCAUGACCAUCCCAUGCUGGAAAGACUUGAUAAGGCUCAAGAGUGAUCACUGUUACAAGAUCGUAGAGAUCACAGACAACCCAGGGAAAUAUCUUCUUGAUUAAUACUUAGUAAGUUCAAGAUUUCAAUCCGCACAAAACACCUGAGUUUGACUCCACUUCCUGGGUGCUGCACGACACAAUAUGAGACAUCUUUUCCAGCAAAGAGCUACCACUGAAGCCUUCUGCUACAACAGUAUCAAGAUAGUUUUACAGAAAACUCAGGAUCUGUAAAAAUUAUCUGCAAACAUCACGUCCUAUAACUGUUCCCUGAGAAAAAAAACAGCAAGUCCUAUAACUUCCAACUCCGUUCAACAUUAAAAAAAACAGAAGGUAGACAUGUCUUUUCCAUCUAGAAAGAGGCACUUUCAAUUCAACAUGUUGUGAGAAUACUUUUGCAACAGAUUUUUAACUUGAUGACCUGAUUUAAUAGUUGUUAUAAUCGUUAAGACAAUUCGAAAUCAUUUCAGUUAAUAACACUUGGUUCAUCAAUCAUAUAUCAAUUGGACAUGUAAGUUUGCAACAAUUUACAAACCACCCAAUUUGUAGGGGCUAAACUCCAAAUACCUUUAUGGAAAAAAAUUCAUUCUUCUUGUCCUUUAUCUUUUCCCAUUACCCCCUUUGUCUUUGAAUUCCCUAUAGUAACCUUUCUUUCUUUAAUAUAUUUCUUCUCCACCUUAUUAAUUCAUUUAAUUUUUCAAUUAAAUACACUCAACCAAACAUAACAACCAAAUGGGGUCCACAAACAACCUUAACCAAUCAGAUUUACCUUGGCCCACAUAUCUUCAUGUUCCCUCUCCUCUCUCCUCUGUCCGCGUGAAUAUCUCUUCUUCCCCAUCCUUCAUUGGCGAUUUUGAAGCUUUAACAUCAGGUAAUUCUUGUCCGUUUUUCAUGAAAUUUUGUGUGAAAUAUCUUUUAAAUGUUUGUGUAAACCAUGGGUAACCUAAAAAAGUAAGAAUUGAUGAAAAUUUGAAAGAGAAAAAAUGAAUUUAAAAACUGUGUAUAUGAAUUUCGGGUUUAAUUUAUGUCCGUUUUUGAUUAAAUUUUUUCUGGAAUACUUAUAAAAAUAAGUGUAUAUAUCGGCUAGUGUAACAAAAGAAAUGUUGAAUGCAAAUUUUAAGAGAUUUAAAAGGAUUUUGUAAACUGUAUUUAUUGGUUUUAGGGUAUAUUUUAUGUACGUUUUGAGCCCGUUUUGAUGAUUUCUUCGGUGUAAUUUCAUUAAUAUGAAUUAUAUAACAUGGGUAAUGCAAAAUCCAAACAAAAUCGGACUAAAAAUUUGAUUAAUUAGUGCAAGGAUAAUUUCUGGGUAUUACUAAGAUAACCCGUUUUACUAAGGCAACGUGGUAUUACUGAUACUACUGGUAUUACUAUGUUUACAUAUAUUACUAGUAUUACUGGUUUUACUAUAUAUAUAGUAUUGAAAAAAAUUAGUAUUAGUAAGAAUGCUAACAGUAAAAUAUUACGUGAGAAUUAAAUUUAAACUUCUUAAUAAUGCUAAUUCUAAUUAUAAUUCAUUUUAUUUCAGGAAAAUGCAAAAUCCGCAUUGUACAAUCAUUUGUUUUGAUUAUGGAGGAUAUUAUAUUAAAGAUGGGGUUGAAAUGAAAUGGAUUUCGGGAGAUGGUGAAGGGGAAGAUGAAAUUCACACUAUUGUGUUGAAGAAAUCAGUGGAUGAGAUCACACGCUCUGUUUUGGUUGAGCGUAUUUGCAGAAAGAUAAAGGUAGAUGACUGUAAGAUGAAAGCGAAGAUUAGUUACUUUCCAAUGGUAAUGUAUUCGAACAAGCCAUCAUAUAUCUGGGAAGAUGAAGACGUUUUUUGUUAUCUAAUGCAAGUAAAUCAAGAGAAUUGUAGAAGUGUUCUACAUGUGGAGUUCAACAAAAGGGAUGAUGACACUGAUUUCUAUGGCAGUCUAUCGAAUAGAGAGGCUACUGAAAGAGGGGCUACUGAUAGAGAGGCCACUGAUAGAGAGGCUACUGAAAGAGGGGCUACUGAUAGAGAGGCCACUGAUAGAGAGGCUACUGAAAGAGGGGCUACUGAUAGAGAGGCUACUGCUACAGAAGCUAUUGAUACAGAGGCUAUUGAGACAGAAGGUGGUGAUGAAGAAGGUACUGAGAAGGAUGCAGCUGAUAAUGAAGGUACUGGUGGUGUGCUUACACUUUACGAAGACAUUGAGAUGCAUGAGAAUGCCACCGAAAGAGAAGCAGGACCCUCAGUUGAAGUCACACCAGUUGUCUAUAAGGAGUGGGAUGAUGGUAUGGAUUUGGUUUUAGAUCAAGAAUUUAGAACCAAGGAGGAAGCGCAAACUCAUAUUCAGGCGGUGUCACAUGUGAAGUGUUUUGAGUAUGAGGUAAUUAAGUCGGAUACUAAGAGAUAUGUGAUAAAAUGCCGAGGAGCCAAAGAAGGCUGCAAGUGGUUUGUGCGUGUUGCAAAGUUAACGAAUUCAGAUCUUUGGUCAGUUAGAAGUUACAUCAAGCAGCAUAGAUGUUAUGUUGUUACCACAAGAACACUGCCUAAUAGAAGGAGAGGCACACAACAAAUCGUUGCAUCUAUCCUGGCCCAAGAUUAUCCUGGAAGUUUUGACACACCACGUCCCAAUGCUCUGAUCGAUUUGGUUCAUCAGAGAGUUGAUGUGGAAGUAUCAUACACAACGGCAUAUAGAGGAAGAAGACUAGCUGCUAAUAAAGUGCGCGGAACUCAUGAAUUCUUUAUUAUAUUGUUAUAUGCACAUGCUGGAGCAGGUGAAUCCUGACACAAUAACUCGUGUGGUUGUGGAUGAGGGAAAAAAAUUUAAGUAUCUGUUUUGGGCUUUGGGAGCUAGCAUAGAAGGAUUCCGCGCGAUGAGAAAAGUCCUUGUUUUGGAUGCAACACACCUGAAGACUGUUUAUGGUGGAGUGUUAUUUGUUGCGACUGCUUAGGAUCCCAAUCAUCACCACUACCCAAUUGCGUUUGGUGUUGCUGAUGGUGAGAAAUAUGAGAGUUGGCUAUGGUUUAUGGAACAGUUGAAAUCAGUGAUAUCGGAUCUCCCUGGAUUGGUGUUUCUUUCGGACAAAAACAAAGGCUUGAUCAAGGCAGUACAUCAAGUGUUCCCUCAGGCCGCUCAUGGUUAUUGUAUAUGGCAUCUGUCUCAAAAUGUUAAAGGCUACGUCCGUAACAAUAGAGAAACAUGUGCAUUUAAGUUUAUGGAGUGCGCACACGCUUAUACAGUGGCGGAGUUCUUGGUCCUUUAUGAUGCUUUUGGCAGGAAAUAUCCUAGUGCAGCGGAGUAUCUUGACAGAAGUUGUGAACAAAAGAAAUGGGCUAGAUGUUACUUUGAAGGAGUUAGGUACAAUGUUGACACCACCAAUUCAGCAGAAUCUUUUAACGGUGUUAUUAAGGACGCAAGAAAGUUCACCUUAAUUCUAAUGUUUGAUUUUAUCAUUGGAAAAAUUGCUGAAUGGUUUAACAAGCACAGGAAGGAACAUGACAGCCAUCUUCAAUCAAUCAUUACAUGCUGUCCCCAUAGAUUGCAGCUUCUGCUUCACAUCUACUAUGGUGAUCUUCUUCUUAUCACCGAAGUAAUAAUCCAUAAACUUAGUACCUCCGAGCUUCAAAUGUCCACUCGGAUACUCGUGGCAGUCCAAGCAAGAGAUGAGGGCAUGCUCCCUCAUAGAGUAGCGGAUGGGCACACCAUUCACCCCAAACCAUGCAGCAUCUUCUCCUUCAAUACGAAUCGUGUGCAGCAGUAACAUCCACAUUCCUUGGAGCUUCAGGAAUUCUUCAUCAGGCAUGUGGAAGAAAUGACAAAACUGUGGAUGGCUCGUGAACCAGCCGACCUCCUCCUUAAGUUCCUUAAUCACAUCAACUGUGUUCUUCACACGGCACUUGGUCUGAAUCUUGCAAGUCUUCAGGUACUGUGUGUUUUUGAAGUACAUUUCAAAGGGCUGUGGUGGUUGUCUUUCCUGCAAUCAAAUAUAUAUGUAUUAGUCAUUUUUUACUCGUAAGACUAAUAAAAUAAAUGAUUAAAAUGAAUGCAAAAAUUACCUUGGAGGAAACAACAGACAUGCCUUCACUUUCGGUAUCAAGUGAGAGCGAAACUACAGUCAUUCCUCUCACUGGAUUACUCUCUUCUCUAACCGGCUCAUUCCUAUUUGAUACCGCUUUUCUAGUUCUAGUUCUACUGGAGACUCCACCUCCAGUAAAUGGACGCUUUCUUUUUAGGCCAUUCAUUCCCUGUACACAUAUCACCACUUAAUUAGAAU